GAUUAAUCAUCUAACCUAACCUGACGAUGUAAAGAUUUUCCUCUAAUAUCUUUUAAGGUUAGGACUAGGUUAUCCUCAUUUGCGUAAGAUUAUAAGAUAAAAAAGGAAAACCUCAGGAGGGAUUAGUGCGAAAUUAAUAUAUGAAAAAUGACGUCGCUUAUGAAGAUCAUUAGCGGUUGCCAACUGUUCCACAAAUAUUUAAAACAAAGUAUCAAUAUUACAUCUGUUCCGAGUCGAGGUAGACGAAUCGGAAUCCCCAGAUACCGUCAUCCACAGUGGUUACCAAAACCACAGCGUGUCUUGUAUGAUGAAAAACUAACAGAGGAUAGCAAAGAAUUUCUUCAAGAAGUAAUUCAAGACAAAUAUGGUCUACUUCAUGCUGAACCUGGAAUGAAUCCUUCUCCAUUGAAAUUAGAUCCGAUUGAGCCAGUCACAAAGUGGGUACCUGGUAUGAAACGUACUGGUUUGAUCGCUAAGAAAAUUGGCGUUUAUCCAUUAUGGCUGAAGAAUGGUACGAGGGUUACAUCAACAUUACUUCAGGUAGUCGAUAAUGAAGUGGUAAAAUAUAUACCACCAGAAAAAUUCUACCCCGUGAUAGGUAAAAAACCGAUACAGAUUAAAAAGAGACUCGGGUGUCUUGUUGUAGGCGCAGAAAAUAUAGAUCCACAAUUGAUCACUAAAGAAUACAGCGGUAUAUUCAAGGAUUCAGGAGUCAUACCGAAGAGAAUACUGAGAAGGUUUAUGAUAUCUCCAAAAGCGGCAUUACAACCAGGGACUCCUUUAUUUGCUCCGCACUUCAAGCCAGGAGAUAGGGUGGAUAUUCGUGCAAAAACGGUGGAUCGUGGAUUCCAAGGAGUCAUGAAACGAUGGGGCUUCAGAGGGAUGCCCGCCACUCACGGUGUAACCAAGACUCACCGAAGACCCGGGAAUAUCGGAUCGGGCGGCACGAAGGCCCGUGUUAUGCCUGGCACCAAGUUGCCUGGACACAUGGGUAAUAAGUGGCGUAUUCUUAGAGGCGUAAAGAUCUUACGAAUUAAUACGAAGUACAACGUAUUGUGGAUUCAUGGCGAAAUAGCGGGCGAAACCAAUAAUUAUUGUUAUAUGUACGACACGAUACUUCCUCUGAGGCGACUCAAGGAGGCACCCUAUUUUCCCACGUAUUUUCCAAACAUGGUCGAAGAAUCACUCCCGGAGGAAUUGUACGCAGAUGAUGUACAUCCGUUUGUAGAUCCAACAUUAGAAUUUAAAGAAUCCUAAUUGUUUUUGUAUAUUAUUAAAUAAAGAAAAAUGUGUCAUUUUAAAUCAA